GCGCCUGGAGAAGGAUCGCGCUGGCAGGUGGGGUCCUGCGGGGCCCGCGCGGCCGGGGCGGGUGAGUCACCGUCCGCCCGCUCCCAUUGUGCGGCCGGGCGGCGGCGGCAGCGGCGGCGACGGAGCUGAGCGCGAGGAGGUGGAGCCGCAGGGCUGCGGGAUCCGGCGCCUGCGUCCGCCCGGCCGGGUUUGCGCGGCGAGAGGCCGAACGGGAGCCCGGCGGCCGCGCCCCAGCGGGGAGGGACAUGGGGCUGGGCGGCCCGCCCCGGCCCCGCAGGCUCCUGAGCCCCGAGGGCUCCCCACUAGGCCCCUGCAGCGCCCCCCUCUUUCUCGGGGGUCAGGUCCCUCAGUGAGCCAGAGCCUUCCAAACCGCCCGCCCCGCCAUGGCCAACGGAGUGAUCCCGCCGCCCGGGGGCGCCUCCCCCCUGCCCCAGGUCCGGGUGCCCUUGGAGGAGCCCCCACUGAGUCCAGACCUGGAGGAGGAUGAUGACUUGGGCAAGACCUUGGCUGUGAGCCGAUUUGGGGACCUCAUCAGCAAGACACCAGCCUGGGACCCCGAAAAGCCCAGCCGCAGCUACAGCGAGCGGGACUUUGAGUUUCACCGGCACACAUCUCACCACACCCACCACCCGCUCUCGGCGCGCCUGCCUCCACCCCACAAGCUUCGGCGACUGCCCCCCACCUCUGCCCGACACACCAGGAGGAAGAGGAAGAAGGAGAAAACCUCUGCUCCCCCCUCCGAGGGAACCCCACCCAUCCAGGAAGAGGGGGGAGCUGGAGCAGAUGAGGAGGAGGAAGAAGAAGAGGAAGAGGAAGGGGAGUCUGAGGUAGAACCCGCAGAGCCCCCGCCCUCAGGGUCGCCACAGAAAGCCAAGUUCUCCAUUGGAAGUGAUGAGGAUGACAGUCCAGGUCUCUCUGGGAGGGCAGCCUACCCCAGGCCUCUGCCCUCCGCAGCCCUGCGCUCAGACCAGAGCCCCCAGCAUGCCAUCAGCUCCCCCAGCCCCCGGGCCCGGGCCUCCCGAAUGGCUACAGAGAAAGGCCGGCCCUGGAGCCCAUCGGCCAGUUACGACCUGCGGGAGCGACUGUGCCCAGGCAGUGCCCUGGGCAACCCAGCAGGCCCCGAGCAGCAGGUGCCCACGGAUGAGGCAGAGGCCCAGAUGCUGGGCUCUGCGGAUCUGGAUGACAUGAAGAGUCACCGGCUGGAGGACAACCCUGGGGUGCGGCGGCACCUUGUGAAGAAGCCAUCUCGGACUCAGGGUGGCCGGGGCAGCCCCAGUGGCCUGGCCCCCAUCCUGCGCAGGAAGAAGAAGAAGAAGAAGCUGGACCGGAGGCCUCAUGAGGUGUUCGUGGAGCUGAACGAGCUGAUGCUGGACCGCAGCCAGGAGCCCCACUGGCGGGAGACAGCUCGCUGGAUCAAGUUUGAAGAGGAUGUGGAGGAGGAGACGGAGCGCUGGGGGAAGCCCCACGUCGCCUCGCUUUCCUUCCGCAGCCUCCUGGAGCUCAGGAGGACCAUCGCCCAGGGAGCGGCCCUCCUGGAUCUGGAGCAAACCACCCUGCCGGGCAUUGCACACCUCGUGGUGGAGACCAUGAUUGUAUCAGACCAGAUCCGGCCAGAAGACAGGGCCAGCGUCCUUCGUACCCUGCUCCUGAAACACAGCCAUCCCAAUGAUGACAAGGACAGUGGCUUCUUCCCCCGAAACCCAUCAAGCUCCAGCAUGAACUCAGUCCUGGGGAACCAUCACCCAACCCCUAGCCAUGGACCUGAUGGUGCGGUACCGACGAUAGCUGAUGACCUAGGGGAGCCAGCCCCACUCUGGCCACAUGACCCUGAUGCUAAGGAGAAGCCCCUCCACAUGCCUGGGGGAGACAGUCACCGGGGGAAGAGCCUGAAGCUGCUGGAGAAGAUCCCCGAAGAUGCUGAGGCCACGGUCGUGCUUGUGGGCUGUGUGCCGUUCUUGGAGCAGCCGGCAGCAGCGUUUGUGCGACUGAGCGAGGCUGUUCUCCUGGAGUCCGUGCUAGAAGUCCCUGUCCCUGUCCGCUUCCUCUUUGUGAUGCUGGGGCCCAGCCACACCAGUACGGACUAUCAUGAGCUUGGGCGCUCCAUUGCCACCCUCAUGUCUGACAAGCUGUUUCACGAGGCUGCCUACCAGGCGGAUGACCGGCAGGACCUCUUGAGCGCCAUCAGCGAGUUCCUGGACGGCAGCAUUGUGAUCCCACCGUCGGAGGUGGAGGGCCGGGACCUGCUGCGUUCUGUGGCUGCCUUCCAGCGCGAGCUGCUGAAGAAGCGCCGGGAGCGCGAGCAGACCAAAGUGGAGAUGACCACCCGAGGAGGCUACGUGGCCCCCGGGAAAGAGCUAUCUUUGGACCUGGGGGGCUCCGAGGCAGUCCCUGAAGAUGACCCCCUGCUGCGGACAGGCUCGGUGUUUGGGGGGCUUGUCCGGGACGUGAAGCGUCGGUACCCGCACUACCCCAGUGACCUGCGGGACGCUCUGCACUCCCAGUGUGUGGCUGCUGUGCUCUUCAUCUACUUUGCAGCCCUCAGCCCUGCCAUCACCUUCGGGGGGCUGCUAGGAGAGAAGACGGAGGGGCUGAUGGGCGUGUCCGAGCUGAUCGUGUCCACGGCUGUGCUUGGUGUCCUCUUCUCUCUGCUGGGGGCCCAGCCGCUGCUUGUGGUCGGCUUCUCAGGACCACUGCUCGUCUUUGAAGAAGCCUUCUUCAAGUUCUGCCAAGCCCAGGACCUGGAGUACCUCACUGGCCGCGUGUGGGUUGGCCUCUGGCUGGUGGUGUUUGUCCUCGCCCUGGUGGCUGCUGAAGGCAGCUUCUUGGUCCGCUACAUCUCGCCUUUCACCCAGGAGAUUUUCGCCUUCCUCAUCUCACUCAUUUUCAUCUACGAGACCUUCCAUAAGCUCUACAAGGUGUUCACUGAGCACCCACUGCUGCCGUUCUACCCCCCUGAGGGGGCCCCGGACACCCGCCUGGAGCUGAAUAGCAGUGCCCUGCCCCCUACUGAGGGGCCACCCGGCCCCCGAAACCAGCCCAACACAGCUCUGCUGUCCCUCAUCCUCAUGCUGGGGACCUUCCUCAUCGCCUUCUUCCUGCGCAAGUUCAGGAACAGCCGCUUCCUGGGUGGCAAGGCUCGCCGCCUCAUCGGGGAUUUCGGGAUCCCCAUCUCCAUCCUGGUGAUGGUCCUGGUGGACUACUCCAUCACAGACACCUACACUCAGAAGCUGACAGUGCCCACAGGGCUCUCGGUGACCUCCCCCCACAAGCGCACGUGGUUCAUCCCACCUCUGGGCAGUGCCCGCCCUUUCCCACCGUGGAUGAUGGUGGCAGCGGCUGUCCCCGCCCUCCUGGUCCUCAUCCUAAUAUUCAUGGAGACACAGAUCACAGCGCUCAUUGUCAGCCAGAAAGCCAGAAGGCUGCUCAAGGGUUCCGGCUUCCACCUCGACCUGCUGCUGAUCGGCUCCCUGGGUGGCCUCUGUGGGCUCUUUGGGUUGCCCUGGCUCACAGCUGCCACUGUCCGCUCUGUCACCCACGUCAAUGCGCUGACAGUGAUGCGCACUGCCAUUGCUCCUGGUGACAAGCCCCAGAUCCAGGAGGUGCGGGAGCAGAGAGUCACCGGGGUGCUCAUUGCCAGCCUCGUGGGCCUGUCCAUCGUCAUGGGGGCUGUGCUGCGCCGGAUCCCGUUGGCUGUGCUCUUUGGGAUCUUCCUGUACAUGGGGGUCACGUCCCUGUCUGGUAUCCAGUUGUCCCAGCGUCUGUUGCUCAUCCUUAUGCCGGCCAAACACCAUCCUGAGCAACCCUAUGUGACCAAGGUGAAAACGUGGCGGAUGCACCUGUUCACCUGCAUCCAGCUGGGCUGCAUCGCGCUGCUUUGGGUGGUCAAAUCCACUGCGGCCUCUCUCGCCUUUCCCUUCCUGCUGCUGCUCACGGUGCCUCUGAGGCGGUGCCUCCUGCCCAGGCUCUUCCAGGACAGGGAACUGCAGGCGCUGGACUCAGAAGAUGCUGAACCAAACUUUGACGAGGAUGGCCAGGACGAGUACAACGAGCUGCACAUGCCUGUGUGACCCUCCGAGACCCUUGCCAGGGCAAGGACACUGUUCACUGUGUGCCCAGAGCCAGGCCAGAGUGACCUCUCUGAGGUCAGCCCAGGGCCUUUCACAGACCACACCGGCACAGGCUUUGAGCUCAUUAUAACCACACUCUUCGUCUUG